AAUGCAUCAUUAGAUAGACUGGAUUGUUUCACCGAUAUUUUUACUAUAUAUUGAUCGUUUCCAAUUGAUUUGUAUUUCUGUAUGCAGUUUGUCAUAUUUCUGUUUGGACUUUUAUUUCAUGUGCUGAAAUUGAACUUACAGUAUACGAGAGGUCAUUCUUGUCAAUACUGUCCUGAUGAAACAACACACAAAUAUUGCUCGAUCAUGAUCAAUACACCUCGAAAGUCAGCUUGUGCAUCAAAACUUCCUCCUCCUACAUCACAAACACCAACACCACCACCACCAACAACAACACAGUCGAACAUGACCAUGGUCACACGAUACACAACUGAGGAGGCGAAUGAGUUAGCCAAACUGGUAUUGAGAUAUCGGGAUAUUUGGAAAGACAAGAAACAGUCAUCCGCACUUGUCCAGAAACAUUUGUGGAUGCAAUUCUCACAGUAUCUACACUCGAAGGGAUGGCCGAGAAGGAACUGGACUCAGCUGCGUCGAAAGGGUCAGAGUUUGCUGAGGAAAUUCAAUGACAUGACAACCAACCAGUUGGAGGUGUCGAAAAGCAAUCCCAAUCCCCUUGAAAAUCCCUCGAACCACACGCCACUCUCCAGUUCCAAUGCAAACCCACACGUGAAUGGACACAUUGGUUCGGUGACCGAGAACCAGUCGAGUGUGCAUCGACCCAACUUGCCUACACUGACCCCGUCACCAGUGGUAAGCACCACCUCCAAACGUGCCACACCAUCACUCAGUUCCCCUACAAACCACGUGCAACCGAAUCCCCCAAACACAAGUGGUCCAAAAAUCCUCAACGCAUUCUCAACAGCUCACAUGUCUCAACAACUGGCCAUUCCACAUGAUGUUGCAGUGCUGCAGCCAACCACCACCAACAACAACAACAUGGUUGGUGAGGUGGCGAUUAACCGAGUUGCCUUACUGACUCCUCUGUCAUGUAUCUCGUUCGGAGUGGCGAGAGCCCAUACUGCAUCCGAAUCUCCUGUUCGAGAAGUGAAUAUGUCGAAGCCACCAUCGGACCAACCGAGUCGAAAUCCUGUGACUGCAACAAUUGAUUUAUCAGUGUCGAGUGAUGACGAGGAGAGCUGUCAAGAGUUGAGUGGAACGAGAGAUCAGGUGAACACGAAUCAUGUGAAUGAUUUGGGUGAAACGUCCGAGGAUAGUGUCACAUCGGAAUGUGAGGGAACCCCAUUGUCAGAGACGUUGAUUCACAAGCGAAUAAAAUGUCUAGAUCUGAAGAUUGAAAUUCUGCAGAUGAAGAAACAAUAUUGGUCGGAGAAACUGAAAUUAUCAUCGAAAAGCUGAAUGUUUGGUGAGAGGCGAUCCAUGCAUGAACUACCAUUGUGAUUGUCAUCAAUUCUAUUCAUGUGAAUAGUGCACAUUUGUAAAUUGAAUUUAUAUCUAUGUAUGUAUACAUAUUGUGACUGACCUAUCUAUCAAUGAAUGCACGAAAAUUGUUCUUCAUUUUCAUCAUUAUUGUGUAUUCGUGUGGUGUGUGUGUGUGAAGUUGUUUGUCUGUUAGUUCUUUUGUUUUGAAUCGAUUUGAAGUGGAGUGUUGUGCAAUACUGGUUUGUUUCAAAUGUUGAGUGGUUGACUACUCUGUUGCAUACUGUACAUAAUUAAAUUGAAAUGUUGGUUUUGU